AUGACCCCAGGCCACUUCCCCAGCUGCAUCUCCAGUAGCACCCUACGACGAUAUAUGAAUUUUUCCAGUCGCCGCUAUAAAUAUGCCUCCUUCUGCCGACUCAAAUCUACCACUACUAUCCUUAGUAGAAACUUGAGCUUCCAGCAGCGUAAGGUCCGGAUGAUCAUCCUCUCCGAUACUCACGGCGACGACCUAAAGCAUGUAUCCCUCCCUAGCGCUGAUGUGGCCCUUCAUUGCGGCGACCUCACCAACGACUCACGACCCGCGGAGCUCGAGAGAACCCUAGCGAUGCUGCGUGCCAUCAACGUGCCUCUGAAGCUGGUCAUACCCGGGAACCACGACUUCAGCCUCGAGUCGGGCUACUGGAGGCGCCAACAGCGACAAGACAGGAGUAGUGCGCCUACACAGACAAGCAAGGCGGAGGACGACGCCGACUCCAAGGCCUUCAACUUGGUUGAUGCAAAGCGUUCCCGGGUUGUAGCGAGCCUGCUGCCGGCUACCAAGUUUACUAAUAGGGAGGGGCACUGCUGCGCCGUAGACAUCUCUUCAGACGGAGAGCACUUCGUGGAAUGGGGCGCGCAGACGCUCUUCAUAAACGCGGCGGUGGAGCUCCGGGCCAGGCCGCCUCGAAUGCCGUGGAUGGUUGACAUAGACUUGCCGGUGGCAGACGAGGACGACAUUACUGCGGCCGCUGAGACCAUGUAUCAGUUGCUGGUGUAAGUGCAGGAAGCUCGUGGCCAGGAUUGAACUGUUCCGGUUAUAGAGGAAAAUCUAUAACUAUAUACUUUGACAACAACCAACUCCCCACUAAGGACCUUGCGCAAAGCGCUUUUAGCAUUAGGAGUACCCUAAAAUUUGCUGCUUUCUUUUGUAUUUCUCUGUUUUUCAAUUCCCUCUAUAGCCGUUGCCGUUGCCGAC